AUGGUGUAUCAGGUGUUCUCCAUCGUGGUGUUCGGCUCCAUCGUCAAUGAAGGGUACGUGAACCGCCCCGACGAGACACAAGAGCACUGCAUUUUCAACCGCAAUCGCAAUGCCUGCAACUAUGGCAUUACUGUGGGUGUCCUCACCUUCCUCAGCUGCCUUCUUUACCUGGCUCUGGAUGCCUACUUCCCGCAGAUCAGCAGCGUCAAGGACCGCAAGAAGGCAGUGCUCUCGGACAUCGGAGUCUCAGCCUUUUUGGCAUUCCUCUGGUUCGUUGGCUUCUGCUUUCUGACCAACCAGUGGCAAGCUUCAAAAGAAGAGGACAACCCAAUGAAUGAGGGAGGGGAUGCAGCCAGAGCAGCCAUCACCUUCUCGUUCUUCUCCAUCUUCACUUGGGGCUUCCUCACGUUUCUGGCUUUCCGGAGACUCAGAGACAUUACUUUUCAGGAAGAAUACAACACCCUGUUCCCUAACUCGCCAUCCUUGCUGCCUUACCUGGCCGCCGGCAGACCUCAUUCUCCCAACACGAACGAGGAAGAUGCUACAGACGCGGUGGGGACGUACCAGCAGCCCCCUCCAGCAGAUGCUUUCGACACCGAGACACAGGGGUACCAAACACAGAACUACUGAGCCACCGAUGCCCCUUUCCCUUCCCCCUUCCCUUCUGCCCCCCAUUCCCGCUGCCGGCAGAAAGCCGAGGCACAAACCAGACACGUGCGUAGUGGCACAAGAGGUGGCUCUCAGCUAUGCUCCAGCCUUCUGGGUCAUCUGUUUUUAUUUAUCGUUUUUAAAAAA